ACACCCAUCAUAUUCGGUGUUCAUAUAACAAAGAGCUCAUAUCUAGAAUGUAAAAAGAGGUUCCACUCAUCAACAAUAAAUACACUACACAAAGGGCUCAGAGCUAAUGCCUAGAGCACUGUGAGUCUUAGCAAGCUGGGGGGUGAAUUCAACUUUACGGAGAGGCUCAGAGUUCCUCAAGGGAACGUAGAGGCAGAGAGAGGAAUAAAGAACCAAACGCCACAGCACGAGGUGCUCUGCCUGCCCUGGAUGCACCCAGAGGGGAAAACAAAGCCAGGGCCGUAGUACCGAGGAUCAUAGAGAGGACCGAGCCUCCGGAUUCCUAGGCGGACACAGGAAGUAACUCAGGGUCCAGGGGUCUUUGGCUCUGCGCGUCGUGGGCUCGUGCUUGACUCCAGGCCAUGGUGGCUUCAGCUUUUCACUUUGUUAUUACCACCAGAGGUCGUCUUCAGGGAACACCAGCCAUCCCCAGAGCUCCGGGAGUGCUCUGAUCCUAAGAUUCUUCAAGACUCCUGGGAUAUAAGACAAGUGAAUCCUAUCCCCAGCCAGUGAAUGCAAGAUGUCCACCAAGUUGAGAGAAGAUGCAACCUUGACUCCUGUAGUCCACACUCCAGAGGAGGAGGCGGGUCUGAGUAUAGUGAGAGUGGAGGAAGAGGAGGACCAUGCUUGGGAACAGAAGACUGGACUUCCAGGGAAUGUGGACCCUUAUCAGGAACUUGUCCACCAGCGCUUCAGACACUUCUGUUACCAGGAGGCCCCUGGACCUCGAGAGGCUCUGAACCAGCUUCGGAAGCUCUGCCGAAAGUGGCUACAGCCUGAGAUGCACACCAAGGAGCAGCUCCUGAUCAUCCUGCCCACGGAGCUCCAGGCCAGGGUGUGGGGAUAUCAUCACCGGAGCGGAGAUGAUGUGGUGACUGUGCUGGAGAAUCUGGAGACAGCACUUGGAGAUAAAGGACAACAGGUACAAGCCAAUGCACACUACAAACAAGAAGUGCUGUGGAAGGCAAUAGGACCUGUAAGCCUUGCCGAUCAGUCACUGACUGUCCAACUAAAGUGUGAUCCUUGGAAGCAUAGUCCUCUGCAAGAGAAUGGUGGGCCUUAACACCAGGUGAGACCAGGAACAUGGCUGGUGAGUUGGCUCCAAAGCAGAUUUCUGCAGAAAGGAAUUCCUUGGAUGUGUCCCAGUAUACAAGGUGUGGAGAAACUUUUCAAUAUGAGAGUAAAUCAGAACAGCAAAAGGUCAACCCUACAAGAGGAAAACAACACAAAUG